GGCUCCUCUGCAGCGCCAGUUGCUAGCGAGGGGGGCAGCUGUGAGGUGGAAUCAUGUGUGCGACGCCAGGUCAGCACAAGGCGAGAGGUGUCGGCUCCAGGAGGGCGCUGGCUGCUGUUGCUGCCAUUGCCGUGGCGCUGCUGUCUCUCUGGCUGUACCAGCCGGAGGAGCAGGAUGACGUCCCGGAGUGGAUCCGUCAGAGCCAGGCCUUCGGUGGCAGCCGAAAUGACCACAAACAACCGGCUGUUGCAGCUCCAGAAGGCGUGCAAGGAAAUCCCGCAGAAGAGCGAAGCCGUCCUCGCCGCCCUGUACGUCAACGAAAACCGCCAGGAGUCGUCGGCGGCGAAGGACUCUGUGGUAAAGGAGGCUGCCCGGCUGUUCCAGAUGCGGGGGCGGGCAGCGGCGACUCCGGCGGCUCGGGAGCAGCGGCCGGCGCCGGUCUGGUGCUGGCUGUGCAAGCGCUCUGCCUGGUGGUCUACAAGUGGGCGGCUCGUCGCCACGGCUCGGCCAACACAUCUGCAAGUGGGCACCAGAGGACCCUGGCAGCAGACCUGGGCGCGCUCCUUCGCUCUGGACACUCUGCAGACGUCACCUUCACAGUAGGGGAAAGCCAGCUGAGGGCGCACAGAGCUGUCCUGGUGGCCAGGAGCCCCGUGUUCGCUGCCAUGAUGGCCCACGACUGCCUGGAAGCCAGCAGUGGCCACAUUCCCGUCGCAGACAUCGAAGCGGACGUGCUCGGCCAGCUGCUGACGUUCUUGUACACGGACGAGAUUCACCUGGACGAUCCCCUGAUGGCCCAGAAACUUCUGGCCGCCGCCGCCAAGUACCAAGUGCCCAUCUUGAAGGAACAGUGUGAGCUCGUCAUCUCCCAAAACCUCUGUGUGAGAAAUGCAGUGGCCUGUGCCGUCCUCGCCAUUGAGCAUUCCUGUUCCCUCCUGGAAGAGUCCGCCGCACACUUCAUCGCAGCCCACUACCAGGAGGUGAUGGCCACAGAGGAGUGGGCCGAGGCUGUCCACAGGUACCCGGACCAUGUGGUGGAACUCAGUCGCCUGGUUGCAGCGGCUUCGCCAGAGUCCAGGUAACUUCAGCUGAAGGGUUUUCAUUUCUACUUUGAUGGACCAGCGAGCAUCAGUGAGGCCAUUGUUGUUACCACCA